AUGAGGAGGAAGCUCAGACGAGCGACUGGGAUGGGUGGCCAACCUGAGGAUGACGAAGAUAGCGAACAGGAUGAAGAGGUUGAUAUGUUUUCCCGAUUUGAUACUGGCCUGAUAGACGACGAGGACGCUAUGGAUGAGGAUGGUGAUGAUGAGGGUGGACAAGUCGAUCUGGAUUCAGUCGCAGAUCUCAGAUAUAACGAUUUCUUUGCCCGGAUCGCCGGCAAGCCCUCUGGAAAGAGACAGCCCAAAAAAGUUGAUACCCCAGCUACCAAGAAAAAAACAAAGAUACAGCCCAAACUCGGCAAGGUCAGGUUCUCAGAGGAAGUCAAAGUCAAAGAGAUCCCUGCCAAGAAUCGAGGUGUCCGGGUGGCUGAAAUCUCGAGUGCUGACGAGGAUGAAGAUGACGAUGACGAUGACGUAGACUUCCACUCCGAUGAUGAACUGAUACGAUUCAGAUUCUAA